UCUAAAAACGUUGUUCGGUUUUAAGCAAGCUGUUACUUGUAAUGGAUUAACUAUGGCUAACGAAAGCGAUUAUGAAUCGAAUUCGGAGUUUGAAAACUUCGGAAACAAUGUAGAUUACUCUAGUAGCUUUGUUACGGAUAGGGAAUUUGCUUCCUUAAAUGAGUUACAUAGUUGGGACGAUGCAAUAGCAAUAACAAUUGGUUUUCAAUUUACACGUGCUUCUGAUAAAAAAAAGAAGGACGUUCUAGAAUUAGUGUGUAUUUAAGAUGUCACCGCUAUGGUAAUUUUAGGGGUGAUUUACAUAAUCUAGAUAAUACUGCCUGACCUGGUUCUAAAAGUAGAAGUUGCGGCCGUAAAUUUUUAAUUGUAGCAAGUAGUCGUAAACUAGAAGAAAGACCUUGGACGGUAAGGGUGUGUCCUGAUGAAAAAAGAAGACAAAUCACUCGUUCUUAGUGUACAGAGAUGGUCAUGUAAGGGCGAAUAGGAUCGAUGUAGAUAUUCGGGAGCACAUACGACAGCUUAAUGCAACCGACCUUUAUUAUAAAUUUUAUUAGAAAAAAUUUUCCUGGUUUUUACGAGUAUGAAGCAGAUAUAUAAUAUUAGGCAAUUAAUAAGGAGAUAAGAGACUGAGGGUAGGACUCCCCUUCAACACUGUCUUUAUAUGGUCAAAGAACUUAAUUACGUGGUCUGGACAGACUUGGAUAGCGAAGGGGAAUUGAGCAGAUUAUUAGUUGCAAAUCCUACCUCUAUCCAAAUGAAACGUACGUGGCCGUAUGUUGUACUGAAAGAUACAACGUACAAAAUAAACAAACAAAAGUGGUCACUAUGUGAAGUGAUCGGAAUGACGCCAACGAAUCACAACUUUUUGGUUGCGUUCUGUUUGAUGCGAGAUGAGGCAGCUGUGUCGUAUUCUUGGGUGUUGCAGAGACUGAGAGAUAUUUUCGACACAGCUCAAACUCCUAGCGUCAUUGUAACCGAUCGAGACGAAGGUUUAUCUGCAGUUAUUCAUGAUGUCUUCCCAGAUGUGCAGCAUUUGUUAUGCAUUUGGCAUAUUGCAAACGACGUGGAGAACAUGGUGGACAAGUUGUUUGGCGGGAAAAAAAAUCAACAAGGGAAAAUAUUCAGGAAAGGUAGAUGGAACCCCUUGGUUGAAAGUUCUACAAUCGGAGAAUUUGAAGAGAGAUGGCAAGCGAUUGUGAAUACGUGGUCCGUUAGGAACAAAAAGGUCGUUCGGUAUUUGGCUGAAACAUGGAUUCCACUUAGAGAGAAAUUUGUGCGUGCGUGGACGAAUGAUUGUUUGCACAUGGGUAACCAGACUACCAGCAGAGUUGAAAGCCAACACUUGUCUUUCAAGUAUUACCUUGGUAGCGGUAAUAGCUCAUUCGAUACCCUAUUUAAAAGGGCACACGCACAGAUUACAAAUCAGCAAGCCAGGAUCCGACAAGCGCUACAGGAAUCCAUGAUUUCUGUAGCAAGGUCGCUGUGGCAGCAGUUCUUUAGACCUUUAUAUCGCCACAUAUCUAUAUAUGCCUUGGAGCAGCUGCGGCUUGAAUAUAACCGUAUGUUAGAAUUGAGUGAAUUUGUAUUCAACAAAUGCGGUUGUGUAUUUCAACACACCCAUGGAUUUUCGUGUGCUUGUUAUUUAUAUAUGUCUAUCGGUUCACACGGUGCUUUGUUUGUGGAUGACAUUCAUCAAUUCUGGAGUACUUUGAGGUACACAGAGGUAGGAGAUCAAACCAGCGAAGGAGUACAAUACGCGAAUGCCGAUGACAAAGAGUACUUUCAAUCUCUGGUCGAUGAAAUUCUAAGAUCUGAUCCCGCAGUUGUACGCCAAAUGUCUCAGGUACUUGAGUAUGAACUACACCCUGAUGGAGCCGAAAUACCUGAGCCUUACGCAAGUCCACCUAUAAAGGAAAGACCAAGCACAAGCAAAACCACGAGAAGAAAUAAAAGUGCAUUUGAGUAUAGCAGAUCAUCUUUUCGAGGUUGAUGGUCUAGAACUUCAUCCCGCGGCAGAUCUAGUGGCAGAUUCAGUUGGAAUUAAGUUUAGUUUCAACUUAUCCGAUGAUCCAGGAGGUCGUGAUUUUUCAUAGUUUCCAUGGCCUAAUAACAUCCCAUUCAUUAUUCCUCCUUACUUGUUUGAUUGGAUUGAUGUGUUAGGUGAUGGUAACUGUGGAUUUACAGUUAUUGCCGCCACAGAGUUAGGAGGCGAGGAGGCAUUGCCUCUUUUAAGACGUGCUAUGUGUAUGGAAAUGUAAAUGAACAGAGACUAAUACCUAAGUUUGUACUUAUCCCAUGAGUCGUUAGACGAUGCUAUAUUCAGAAUAGGUUCACACGGCAAUGGACCUGCUCCUUAUAUUCACUGGAUGGAUGCACCGAUGGCAUUGUACUCUGCAGCAACGUUUCUAAACAUUGGCAUUGCUUAUUAUGGUUCUGCUGACGGUAACCCGAUGUACAACUGUUUGGUUUUUUCGUUAAGGAAACCACCGGGUGUGCAUAGUGUAAAUAAAGUUAUACAUAUAUGUUGGGUGAAUGGAAAUCAUUUUGUUCACCUUUUAAUGAACGACGAUUCAUCCCCACUCUCGCCCAUCCAUCAAUAUUGGAGAGAAGCAGUUGACAAUUUUUCCAGACAUAUUGAAACACGUUUCAGUAUUAGGAUUAUGCUCUGGAAUAAUCUAUGCGGGCCACGACCACCACCACGUAAUAACACCGUUGACGAUGCUGUAAAUUUAGAUAGUCCGUAGUUUACCGUGUUGUACAAAUCAUUAUUCAGUUGUAUUAUAGAAAUUAUACACGAGAUUCAAUUUGUAGAUAGUCCAUAGUUAUAUUAUUGUGUACAGUGAUUACUAUAGAAAAUGUAGUUUAAAUUCUUUGCGUAUAGUAACGAUUCAAAUUAAUAAAGGCAUUGAU